AAUAAAUGGUUGGAUCAUCUUCUUACACCUGCACGCACCAAAAGGAGGAGGAGGAGGAGGAAGAGAAGAAAAGAUGGUGAUGAUCGGUACAGACCUUGCCAAACAGCACCUGUCCCCAGCCCAAAACCCUAGAGGAAUUGCAAAUCCAAAAAUGCCCUUUCCCCAUUUCCAUUUUCUUAUAUAAAUGAAAACCCAAACUAAAAUUACUGAAAAUUUCUCUGCAACUGCAAGCAACCUCAAAAUUCAUUUAGCUUUCUCGCUCUCUCCUGAUUCUAUUCUUCCCUUAAUCACAGUCCUAAUUGGUACGCUUCUUCUUUUCUUCUUUGAUUAAUAAUCAAUCUUUCUUUUAGCUUACCGUAUUUACCUUGGAAUCAUGUGGAAGCUUAAAUUAGUGUUAGGGUUUAUAAUUUUGGUACCGAUCCUUCUGAGUAUGAUGUUUUCUAGUAGUAGAUUUUAUGGGGUGGUUUCAAUUUUAAUAAUUUCUCUGGGGUUUUGUGGUUUGUUCGGCAGUUUGCUGCACUUUAUGCUUCCAAGAAAGCGACCUGUUGAAGGCAUUGUAGAAGAAGAAGAAAACGUAAAUAGAGUAGCUGGUUCAUCUCUCAUUAAGAAGCAUAGUGUCGGUUGCGUUUUAGAAUCAACGGCAAACAUCAAUACCGCUAACAGCAGCAGCAACAACAGUAAUAAUACUAGCGACAACAGCUGCAGCAACAACAACAGCCACGGUAGUAGCAGUCUGAUAAUGGCACCUGGUGAUGCGAAUCAGAACGAUAUUGAUGAGGAUCUGCAUAGCCGGCAGCUUGCUGUGUAUGGCCGUGAGACCAUGCGGCGGCUUUUUGCCUCUAAUGUCCUCGUCUCUGGCAUGCAGGGUCUUGGUGUGGAGAUUGCUAAAAACCUCAUUCUUGCUGGGGUCAAGUCUGUAACGUUGCAUGAUGAAGGGGCAGUGGAGCUGUGGGAUUUGUCCAGUAAUUUCAUUUUUUCUGAGAAUGAUGUUGGAAAGAACCGGGCAUUAGCUUCUGUUCAGAAGUUACAGGAACUCAAUAAUGCAGUGGUUGUGUCUACCUUAACCACAGAACUGACAAAAGAAAAACUUUCUGAUUUCCAGGCUGUGGUUUUUACUGAUAUCAAUCUUGAGAAAGCCAUUGAAUUUGAUGACUACUGCCAUGGUCAUCAGCCUCCUAUCUCUUUUAUUAAGGCUGAAGUUAGAGGUCUUUUUGGUUCUGUUUUUUGUGACUUUGGGCCUGAAUUCACAGUUUUUGAUGUUGAUGGGGAAGAACCACACACCGGUAUAAUUGCAUCCAUCAGCAAUGAUAACCCUGCCCUAGUAUCAUGUGUGGAUGAUGAGAGGCUUGAGUUUCAGGAUGGGGAUCUUGUUGUGUUCUCUGAAGUUCAUGGAAUGACAGAACUAAAUGAUGGAAAGCCAAGGAAGAUUAAAAGUGCCAGGCCAUAUUCUUUCACUCUCGAUGAGGACACCACAAACUUUGGUACUUAUGAGAAAGGUGGUAUUGUUACACAGGUGAAACCACCCAAGAAGUUGAACUUUAAGCCAUUGCGGGAAGCAUUAAAGGAUCCGGGUGAUUUUCUUUUGAGUGAUUUUUCCAAGUUUGAUCGCCCACCUCUCUUACACCUAGCAUUUCAAGCACUGGAUAAGUUUGUCUCCGAUUUAGGUCGUUUCCCUGUUGCUGGUUCAGAAGAGGAUGCUCAGAAGCUUAUAGCGUUGGCCACUAACAUCAAUGAAAGAUUGGGAGGUGGUAGAGCGGAAGACAUCAACCCAAAACUUUUGCGACACUUUGCCUUUGGUGCAAGGGCUAUACUGAAUCCCAUGGCUGCUAUGUUUGGUGGUAUUGUGGGACAAGAGGUUGUCAAAGCAUGCUCUGGAAAGUUUCAUCCCCUUUUUCAGUUUUUCUAUUUUGACUCAGUGGAGUCACUUCCUACAGAAAAUUUGGAUACCAGUUCCUUUCAACCAUUAAAUAGCCGUUAUGAUGCACAAAUUUCAGUUUUUGGAUCUAAGCUCCAGAAGAAACUCGAGGAUGCCACUGUGUUCAUAGUUGGAUCUGGUGCGUUGGGCUGUGAAUUCUUGAAAAAUAUAGCAUUAAUGGGUGUUUCAUGCGGUAAAGGAAAGCUGACAAUAACAGAUGAUGAUGUAAUAGAAAAGAGUAAUCUCAGUAGGCAGUUUCUUUUCCGUGAUUGGAACAUCGGGCAGGCCAAAUCCACAGUCGCUGCAUCUGCAGCUGCAUUAAUAAACCCUCAUCUCAACAUUGAAGCAUUGCAAAAUCGUGUUGGCCCUGAAACUGAGAAUGUCUUUGAUGAUGUUUUCUGGGAGAAUUUAUCUGUUGUUAUAAAUGCUCUAGACAAUGUCAAUGCACGAUUGUAUGUCGAUCAGAGAUGCUUGUACUUCCAGAAGCCACUUCUUGAGUCUGGAACACUGGGUGCCAAAUGCAACACCCAGAUGGUUAUUCCUCACCUGACUGAAAACUAUGGUGCAUCUAGAGACCCGCCAGAAAAGCAAGCACCAAUGUGCACAGUCCAUUCAUUCCCACACAAUAUUGACCACUGCCUAACCUGGGCUCGGUCAGAGUUUGAGGGCUUGCUUGAGAAAACUCCAGCAGAAGUGAAUGCCUACCUAUCCAACCCAGUCGAAUAUACUACUGGCAUGAUCAAUGCUGCUGAUGCUCAGGCAAGGGAUACCUUGGUGCAUGUUCUUGAGUGCCUUGACAAGGAAAAAUGUGAGACGUUCCAGGAUUGCAUUACAUGGGCUAGAUUGAAGUUUGAAGAUUAUUUUGCUAAUCGCGUGAAGCAGUUAAUUUUUACAUUUCCUGAAGAUGCCUCAACUAGUACUGGGGCUCCAUUCUGGUCAGCCCCAAAGCGGUUUCCUCGUCCACUUGAGUUCUCAGCUUCUGAUCCUGGUCACCUCCAUUUCAUUAUGGCAGCAUCCAUACUGCGAGCAGAGACUUUUGGCAUCCCAAUUCCUGACUGGGUCAAGAAUCCUAAGAUGUUGGCGGAUGCUGUAGAGAAGGUGAUAGUACCGGAAUUUCAGCCAAAGAAAGAUGUGAAAAUUGAGACAGAUGAGAAGGCUACUAGUCUCUCUAAUUCAUCUCCAGAUGAUGCAGUAAUUAUCAAUGAACUAAUCACAAAACUAGAGCAGUGUAGGAGACGUCUGCCACCAGGAUUCAGGAUGAAACCGAUUCAAUUUGAGAAGGAUGAUGAUACGAACUUCCAUAUGGAUCUGAUAGCUGGGCUUGCCAACAUGAGAGCAAGAAACUACAGCAUCCCUGAGGUUGACAAGCUGAAAGCAAAAUUUAUUGCAGGAAGGAUAAUCCCAGCUAUUGCAACCUCCACGGCCAUGGCAACUGGUCUUGUGUGUUUAGAGCUGUACAAGGUUCUCGAUGGGGGGCACAAAGUGGAAGACUACCGCAAUACAUUUGCCAAUCUAGCACUACCUUUAUUCUCAAUGGCUGAGCCAGUCCCACCUAAGGUUAUCAAGCAUCGGGACAUGAGCUGGACUGUUUGGGACAGGUGGAUCAUUAAAGACAAUCCUACUUUGAGGGAACUUCUUCAAUGGCUCAAGGACAAGGGGCUGAAUGCAUACAGCAUCUCAAGUGGAAGUUGCCUGCUCUACAACAGCAUGUUCCCUAAGCACCGAGACAGAAUGGACAGGAAAAUGGUGGAUUUGGUUAGGGAAGUGGCAAAAGUAGAAUUGCCUCCGAACCGCCGGCAUGUCGAUGUAGUUGUCGCAUGUGAAGACGAUGAGGACAAUGAUAUCGACAUUCCUCCAAUAUCCAUAUACUUCCGAUGAAGUUCUGUGUCACAUUUGCCUGAGCAUGAUCCUAAGAUUUUAGGAUUAGAUUAGACAAUUGUUUUUUUGUAUCAUAAUCAAGGGAGUAUGCUAGACUAUUUAUCACUAUAUUAGAUUUCAUAUCAAUUGAUAAAUAGACAUCUAGCGCAUGAUGUACACCAUUUGUCAUUUUGGUUGCUGUAAUUUUGCUGUGUUUAGAAACAAGCAUCAGGCGUUGCCAGUAUCCAAAGAUUCUGACUAAAAUGCUGUAUCGAAGUUUGAAUAAAUAGAAGCUUUUAAGUUCAUUAUCUUCGAUUA